AUGACGGAAACAUUGUCAGCUAAGGUAAAAACCGAGCGGCCUGAUGAGGCGGAGAUUAGAGAGCUGGCCGCAAAGAUGGUGGAGGCGAAUAAGGCGAAGGCCUUAGCUGCUUCUGCAGCAGCUGCUCGACCUCCCCCGGGAAGCCUUAUGGGCGGGGGACCACCGGGAGCUGGCGGGCAAAUGGGCAUUCUCAACUUUUUAACCCGUAAACCCGGAGCUACUGCCGAGCAGCAGCGACCACCACCUGAAGAGAAAAAGACACCGGCGCCGGACGAAGCCAGUUGGAAAGGUCACUUCGGGUGGGACAUGCUGGGUAAAUGCCAUAUUCCUUAUAUUUACCGAAUCGGCGAAAAGUAUGUUGCCGUGCGCAUGGUUGAGAUAAGACUGCUCAACAAGUACCUGAACUAUCUGCAUGCAGAUAUCUACUCAUGCACAUGUAUUAGGAGUUACUACAUCACAGAAAUAGAAGCGCGGCUUCUCAAUGAGAUCAACAACAGACAUUGUGAUGGUCAGUUCGGCCGUGAACCCUUCACGCAGAAGGAUCUGGUGGUCCGGCUUUCAGAUGCUUACGAGUUUUACAAUUUCCUGGAUGUAUGCUACAACAAAUUGCUACGUGGUACAACAAACAAUAAUGACAAGUGUGGUUUCAUUCGGAUAAACAAAGAAUCAGUUGUUCCAUAUACUGUUCGUGACAAUCAAAAGUUUGUCCCCCUGUUCUACUUUGAAGGUGAGACGGACAACUUGAAGUUAAAAGCAGACCAGUUGAAAGGGUGGGACCUGUCUUACUUGAAGUUCUGCUGUAAAGUGCAAGGAAUACGCAAUGAACUGUUUGCUAGCGAGACCUGCUCGGUGAUAAGCUUAACGGACAUAAAGAGUUAUUUCCCACCGGGGACCGAGUUUGAGGAGUACUGGCCCAACAAAGUAGUCGAGUCACAGCUACUAAUAUCUGCCAAAGGGCAUCAUGUUUGCGAACCAAAUGUUUCUGACCCCCGGUCUCUGCUCAGGCUCGGCGUCUGGCGGCGGCCAGUGGACGAGGGCGCCGCCCGCGCCGCCGCCCGCCGCCGCCGCCGCGCUCUCCGCGGGCGUGGGCGUGGGCGGGGGGGCGCGGGCGCGCGCGGCCGCCGGCCCGCCGCCGCGCGCCACUCGCCCGCCGCGGCCGCGCUGCAGAUGCCGCACGCGGGCAUCUCGGCGGCGGCGGUGCAGGCGCUCGCCAACGGCUGGACCCUGCCCGGCACGCUCACGCCCACGCAGACGCAGCAGGUGCUGCGGCUCGCGCAGGCGCAGGUCGCGGCGCAGGCGCAGGCGGCCGCGCGCUACAACAACGCGGCGAUCGCCGCCGUGGCCGGCCUGCCGCAGCACCGCUCGCAGCACCAGCGCAACGUGCAGUUUCCGAACAGUGCAAUAACAAUGGCGAUGGGCCAGCAACCGCCCCCACCUCUAGUGAGGAGCACCGCAAACACGUCGAGUAUGAAUGUUCCACCUCAAGUUACUGGGACAAUGAAUGGCCACUCAACCUCUCACUCCGUCGACAAUCGAAAAAGGCUUACCCCGAUACCAGACAUCAGUAUAACUGGCAGCCAUACGCCGUAUAAGGUUCAAAAAGCGCUGGUGGAGAACACAAUGGUGCCGUGCAUCAACGCGAAGCCGUACCAGUACACGGAGCUGCUGAUGACGCUGCCCGACCUCGCGAGCCACUUCUUCCCGCGCGUCUCGCUCGCCACCUGCCGCGCCAUGCUCGACGCCCUCGGCCUCACGCUCUACAGGCCCAACUCGACCCAGCUGCAGGUGCUGCGCAACUCGGGCAAGUGCAAAUCGGCGGCGGCCGGCGAGAACGGCAUGGCGCUGGUGCAGAUCCGCGACGUGAUGCAGCACAUGCCGCAGUUCAAGUACAUGCUGCGCUCGGGGCUGGCGGCGGACGAGCCGCACGCGCCGCACCAGGCGCCGCGGCCCGCGCACGCGUCGCAGCCCUCGCACGCCAAGCGCGCGCGGGCCAAC